AUGUCGAUGCAGAAUACAUCAGCCCCCACCAAUGUGCCUGGCACACAAUUCCCUUUACCCGAGGACUGGGCAAAUAUGCUCAAGUCUAUCGCGACGCUCCACGACCUAGUAAAAACCUUACAAGAAAAAAUCGUGGACCAUGAAUCCCGCCUCAGUACAGCGCCAAACAGCAACCGCACUAAUGCAUUUAAAUUUGAGGCAGAAGUGCACACUGGCAACUUCCAACCAGAUGUCGUUUGGGGUGAUUUCAAUUUCAAAGCUAGACAGUAUGGUCACACAUCCACGAUCAAUGGGCCCCGCAAAAAGACGGUAGAGACCACUAUUAUCAGUGCCUGGCGCCUACAGUACCUUCAUACGGAAGGAUCUACCGGUACAGGGCACGCGUUCUACAGGCGAACAACUGUAGCCUCUUUUCAAACAUACCUUUUUGCGGAUCAUGCACCAACACCUCCAUCAAAUGCAGUUAUUCACUCGGAGAUUGUUUUGGAGGCAAUGCUGCGCUAUCCAAACAAGGGUCCUGGUCCAGAUGGUAUCCAUAUCCUUCUUCUUAAAGUCACACUAGAACGAUCCACUGAAACCCCGCGCCCUGACUCUGACAGUCCACUUAUUAGCAUCUUGACCGAGGCGUUCUCGGCUCUCUUAAUGGUGUAA